GGGGGCGGGCAGAGGCGGGGCCCAGGCGCCCUUAUCCCGGGCGCCGGCGGCCCGGGUUCAGAGUGCGGGCCGCGGAGCGGGCAGCGCGGUCUCGGUAUGGGUCCGCGCGCUGGGACUGCGCGGGCGAUUCCGCCCGGUCCUCCCUGACGCCUGACGCCGAGUGUCGCCGCCCCGAUGGCCGCCGAGCCCCCUGCGCUGCGCCUGCGGCCGCCGGGAAACGCCGGAGACAGCCCGCCAGUGCCGCGCCUGCUCGGAGGCUGCGUGCCGCUGUCGCAUCAGGUGGCUGGCCACAUGUAUGGCAAGGACAAAGUGGGCAUACUCCAACACCCAGAUGGUACAGUUCUGAAACAGCUACAGCCGCCGCCACGGGGCCCGAGAGAGCUGGAAUUUUAUACCAUGGUUUACGCUGCUGACUGUGCCGACACUGUUCUCCUGGAGCUGCGGAAACAUCUGCCCAAAUACUAUGGCGUCUGGUCCCCUCCCACCGCACCAAACGCAGAUGUAUACCUAAAACUGGAAGAUGUGACCCAUAAGUUUAAUAAGCCCUGCAUCAUGGAUGUGAAGAUAGGACGGAAGAGCUACGACCCUUUUGCCUCAUCAGAGAAAAUCCAGCAGCAGGUCAGCAAGUACCCUCUGAUGGAGGAGAUCGGGUUCCUGGUGCUCGGCAUGAGGGUUUAUCAUGUUCACUCUGACAGCUACGAGACACAGAACCAGCACUAUGGAAGAAACUUAACAAAAGAGACCUUAAAGGAAGGUGUCUCCAAGUUUUUCCACAAUGGCUUCUGUUUAAGAAAAGACGCGAUUGCGGCCAGUAUUCAGAAGGUUGAGAAGAUUCUUCAAUGGUUUGAAAGUCAGAAGCAGCUUAACUUUUAUGCAAGCUCAUUACUGUUUGUUUAUGAAGGUUCAUCUCAGCCAGCUACUACAAAAUCAAAUGAUAGAACUUUGGCGGGGAAGUUUCUCUCCAAAGGCCACCUGUCGGACGCAGACGCACUGGAGUGCAAUAACAACUUUCACCUGUUCGGCUCCCCGGCCAAUGGGACGUCAGUAGGCAAAAGCUUAUCCAAGGUGUACGCGAGACACAGGAAGCUGUACUCCAAAAAGCACCACAGUCAAACUUCAUUGAAAGUCGAGACUCUGGAGCAAGACAAUGGGUGGAAAAGCAUGUCCCAGGAACAUUUAAACGGAAACGUACUUUCCCAACUGGAAAAGGUGUUCUACCACCUUCCCGCGGGUCGUCAGGAGAUCACAGAAGCAGAAGUGAGGAUGAUAGACUUUGCUCAUGUGUUCCCUAGCAACACAGUAGAUGAGGGCUAUGUUUACGGUCUGAAGCAUUUGAUUGCUGUACUUCGGAGUAUUUUAGACAGUUGAGCGUCACUGCAGUCUAUGAAUGAGUGGGCCAAUCACCGUGGAGAGCAUUAGCUGUGUACCUGUAACGCUCUGUAAAAAGUUUGUAUUGUGAGUCAACGUUUUAUUUGUCUUUAUACUUUUGGUAGAAGGUUAACUUUUUUAUAUUCUUACUCAGGAAUACUAAUUUGCUCAUUAGAAAACUAUGAAGAAUAAAGAAACAGGAAUGUCGAGCAGGGAAUUAUGUGGGACAGGGAGUAAACAGCUGUAACACUUUCACAAAGUGCAAACCAUUACUCAGUCAUUCAGAGUUCCCAUAGCUUUGUGUAAGCCAGUCAGUCACCAUGGAAUCUCUGUCCACCCAGCCUUGCCGGUGAGCCGUAUGUAAACUAUGACGUUGUCAGACCACCUUAAGAUCUGGAAAGUGCUUCUUGUUUUCUUCAGGACCAGUGUGCCCGAGGCUCCCUAGAACCGGAAAACAUUUUAGACAGAGACAAGGCAGUGUGGACUCCAUGUUAAAGAGCAGAGAGCAGCGGAUAAAAGGUGCUUACAUGGGCACGUUCCACCAGCAGGGUCCCCGAAGUUCCUUCUCCGUGCUCCCUGCCACCCUUCAUGGGAAGGGUGAGUGAGGCACAUGGCUUGCCACAGCAGCAACAGUUUUGGAAUUAAGAGCACAAAUUUUUCCUCGCUAGGGUCCAGAGAAGAGAGAUUGAUUAUUUGUAAAGGACAAAUUACUUUUUUUCUCUCUCUCUCAAGGAUUUUAUUUAUGGAAAAAGUCUUAAUUUACUCUGUUGUGAAAAGUGUCAUAAAGGGCGAUGCUUUUUGUCACCAAUUUGGCUUCAGAGAGGUGGAUGGUGGAGACUUGAUUUUAUUUCUUCUUUAAAUUAUUUUUGAGAGUCUUUCCGUUAAAAAAAAAAUCCAUUUAAAAAAAAAAAAAAACGUAUCCCCAUUUACUAUCAGGCCUUAGCAUAAAUGCAUUUCUCAGAAUUUGGUUAGGCAGUGCCGGAAUGCCAUGCCUGCCUGGCAUAGAACAGAACCUUGCCUAGAUUUCACCCCUGUAGCAUCUAACAGAGAAAUCAUAGUUUAAUUUCACUCAGAGCAAGGGCAGGCAACUUGAAAAAAAAAAUAGAUGUAUAGUGUUAUGUUUAUUUUACACCCACCACCUUUUUCAAAUUGGCUAGUUAUUUAUUGAUAAAAUAUUUUAAAAAUUGAAUUAAAUUUGCAAAUCCUUUUGCUGUCAGGUCAAUGCUAUAAUUGCUUGCACUUUGACUCACUGAUGUUUUAAAAUAAUUGAACAGCUUGUUGUAUCUGGAAAAUAUUUUUGAAUUAUGACUUGACCUUUUUUUUUUUAAAUCCCUUUUUCAUUCAGAAUUACAAAUAAAACUGUUAUGCCCUUGAACCAUUUUCUUUAAUGUGGAGGGAAUUUUAAGUUUAUCUCACUUAGCUUACCCCAUCGAAGGGUAGAUUUCAAAUGCCUACACCCAAACAUGAACCCUACAUAACUGGGUCAUUAGCCAGAGUGACUCGGGCAUGUGCAGAAGUUUUCCUGGUUUUCACUUGGGGGGGCACAGUAAAUGUUCUCCAUAAGGACUUAAUGUUCUCUGCCCAAGUGUGUGCUGGCUAUAGAUGUUUUUUUUUCUUUCAUUUUGUGGGAGUGAGAUUCAAGCAUAAUUAUUAGAGAACUUUGAGUCUUACCUUUUCCUUACGGUGUGAUUCAGUAUCUCUCAAGCUCAACUGGGGAACACUAUUUGACUCUUAAGGGGCAGUUUGGGAUGGUAUCAGGCUAUGUACCAUGAAUAAGUCAGCUCAAGUAUACAAAGCCUCGGGCACACUUCAGCUCAGUGAAGUCUUCAUCUACAGCUAUUUCAAACAUUUUGAAAGCCAGCAUCCUGCCUUUCUGAAGACUAGGUUUUGUCUGAAUAAAACAGGAAGUAAUUCUUAUCUCUGCUUUUCAGGGAAGGGAUUAACAUUCAUUUCUUCUUGUUUACAUUUUACCACUGUUGCCCACUUUAUGUUAUUUUUUGAUUAUGCUUUUUGAUGAUGUGAUUAAUGUGUUUAUGUAACCAACCUGUGGCGUUUUCUAGUCUGUCCUGUCUUAUAAAAUGAUGCUGAGAUUUGCCACUUUGGGGACGAGGCAUCCAUCACCUAGCCAAGCAUAUGUGAACACACAGAUACUUAAGAACUAAGCAAAUGAGAAGGUGAUUUGGACUGAUGAGAAUGCUAGCCCCUCCCCACCCAACAUGAUUUUAGUGUAUUUCUUAUGGGAUGCACUCAUGGAAAGUACUUUUAAGAAAUUGUGGAUGUGAAUAUGUUUCUCAAAUAAAAGUUUAAAUUGUAAAAUAGUUUUAUAAUAAAGUAUUUACAUUAAUUAUUUUAA